AUGGAGUAAUAGGAUAAUUGCUUUUAUAAUCUGGAAGAUUUAAUGAAAUCUAACUUGAAAGCUCUAACUCAUAUUGACUUACAGUUAAAAAAUUUUACUCUUAGUAAUGAAUAAGUUACUUAGCUUAAAUCUUCUUUAGUAUAAUGUGAAAAAUUAGAAUCUUUGAUAUUAAAUCUUAAUAAAGAAAAUAUUUCAGAUGAUUAGAUAAGUUAAAUAUUCGCUAAAUAUCCUUUCUUAAAGAUCUAUAUUGAAACUAAUAAUAUGAGCAAUGAUUAAAUAUAUGCCCAAAUUUUGUCUUUCCGAAGUAUCUUUAACUUACAAAUUGAAGCUUGUAAAGAACCUAUAUUAAAUAAGAUUUAAGCUUAAGGAAAUAUUCUAUUAGAAGAAACUAUGAGCAAUCUCACUAAUCUCAAAAGUUUACAGCUAAAUUUAGAUGGAAAUUAGAUUGAAGAUGGAGGUGCAGUUUAGAUUUGUAAAGUAUUAAAUAGAUGCAAAACACUUAAUAACUUAAAUUUGUAGCUUUGGAAAAAUAAAAUGGGUGAUAGUUAGAUAGAGAGUAUUGCUGAAGGUAUUAAAUGUUGUGCUAAUCUGGCAACUUUAACUAUAAACGCAUCUGCAAAUUUAUUUGGAAAAGAAGGUGCAUUUUCAAUUAGUAAGGCAUUAGAUAGUUGUUGUAGAAUUUUGACCCAUCUAGAUAUUAACCUCUCCUAAAAUGAAAUUGAAGAUGAAGGAGUAUCUGCUAUUUGUAUUGCACUAUGUAGAUGUAAACUACUUAUGAAUCUAAAAUUUGAGCUUUGUAAUAUUUAAAUUGGAAAUGAAGGAGCAUAUUCGUUUGAAAAAGUAUUAAGUAGCUGCAAGUCACUUAUUAAUUUAAAAUUUUCGCUUAGGGAAAAUAAAAUAGGUGAUAAAGGAGCAUAAAAUAUUGGAUUAGGCUUGAGUAACUGCACUUAACUUACGAAUUUAGUAUUUGAUAUAUCUAAUAAUUAAAUUGGGGAUUAUGGAGCUUCUAGUAUCGGUAGAGCACUUGGUAACUGCAAAUUCCUAACUAAUCUCAACUUUUAGAUUUGGGGUAAUAAAAUCGGUGAUGAAGGAGGAUAAAAUAUUGGAUUAGGCUUGAAAAACUGCACUUAACUUACGAAUUUAAAAUUUGGCAUAUCUAAUAAUUAAAUUGGGGAUGAUGGAGCUUCUAGUAUAGGUAGAGCACUUGGUAAUUGCAAAUUCCUAAUUAAUCUCGAAUUUUCGAUUGAUGAAAAUAAAAUUGGUGAUAAAGGAGCAUAAAAUAUUGGAUUUGGCUUAAAAAACUGCACUUCACUUACAAAUUUAACAUUUGGCAUUUCUAAUAAUUAAAUUGGGGAUGAAGGAGCUUCUAGCAUCGGUAGAGCACUUGGUAACUGCAAAUUCCUAACUAAUUUCAACUUUUAGAUUUGGGAUAAUAAAAUCGGUGAUGAAGGAGCAUAAAAUAUUGGAUUAGGCUUGAGUAACUGCACCUAACUUACAAAUUUAGACUUUGGCAUAUCGGAUAAUAAAAUCGGUGAUGAAGGAGCAUAAAAUAUUGGAUUAGGCUUGAGUAACUGCACUUAACUUACAAAUUUAGUAUUUGACAUAUCUAAUAAUUAAAUUGGGGAUGAUGGAGGUUCUAUUAUCGGUAGAGCACUUGGUAACUGCAAAUUCCUAACUAAUCUCGAAUUUUAGAUUAGGGAUAAUAAAAUCGGAGAUGAAGGAGCAUAAAAUAUUGGAUUAGGCUUGAGUAACUGCACUUAACUUACAAAAUUAGAAUUUGGCAUAUCUAAUAAUUAAAUUGGGGGUGUUGGAGCUUCUAUUAUCGGUAGAGCACUUAGUAACUGCAAAUUCCUAACUAAUUUCAAAUUUUCGAUUCAGGAUAAUAAAAUCGGAGAUGAAAGAUCAUAAAAUAUUGGAUUAGGCUUGAGUAACUGCACUUAACUUACAAAUUUAGAAUUUAGCAUAUCUAAUAAUUAAAUUGGGGAUAAUGGAGCUUCUAGUAUAGGUAAAGCACUUGGUAACUGCAAAUUCCUAACUAAUCUCAACUUUUAGAUUUGGAAGAAUAAAAUUGGCGAUGAAGGAGCAUAAAAUUUUGGAUUAGGCUUGAGUAAUUGCACCUAACUUAUAAAUUUACAAUUUGGCAUAUCUAAUAAUUAAAUUGGGGAUGAUGGAGCUUCUAGUAUCGGUAGAGCACUUGGUAACUGCAAAUUCCUAACUAAUCUCAAAUUUUCGAUUCUGAAUAAUAAAAUCGGAGAUGAAGGAGCAUAAAAUAUUGGAUUAGGCUUGAGUAACUGCACUUAACUUACAAAUUUAGAAUUUAGCAUAUCUAAAAAUUAAAUUGGGGAUAAUGGAGCUUCUAGUAUAGGUAGAGCACUUGGUAACUGCAAAUUCCUAACUAAUCUCAAAUUUUCGAUUCAGGAUAAUAAAAUCGGAGAUGAAGGAGCAUAAAAUAUUGGAUUAGGCUUGAGUAACUGCACUUAACUUACAAAUUUAGAAUUUAGCAUAUCUAAAAAUUAAAUUGGGGAUAAUGGAGCUUCUAGUAUAGGUAGAGCACUUGGUAACUGCAAAUUCCUAACUAAUCUCAACUUUUAGAUUUGGAAAAAUAAAAUCGGUGAUGAAGGAGCAUAAAAUAUUGGAUUAGGCUUGAGUAACUGCACCUAACUUACAAAUUUAGACUUUGGCAUAUCUAACAAUUAAAUUGGGGAUGAAGGAGCUUCUAGUAUAGGUAGAGCACUUGGUAACUGCAAAUUCCUAACUAAUCUCGAAUUUUCGAUUGAUGAUAAUAAAUUUGGUGAUGAAGCUAUAUAAGGCUUAAGUAAUGCUUUAGCACAGUGCACUAAUCUCUCAAAUUUGAAACUUUAACUAAAUGGUAAGUAAAUUGGAGAUGAAGAUGUAUAAAGCUUAGGUUCUGCUUUAGCAAAUUGCACUAAUCUCUCAAAUUUGACACUUUAUUUUAGGCUCAAUCAAAUUAGCUCAAAUGGUGCAUCAUACUUAGGUUUUGCUUUAGGAAAGUGCACUAACCUCUCAAAAUUGAUGCUUGAUCUUAGAUUCAAUGAUAUUGGUGAUGAUGGUGUAUCAAGCUUAGGUAUUAAUUUAAUGAAUUGCACUAAUCUCUCAGAUUUAACACUUGGUCUUCAUAACUGUAAAUUUGGUGAUGAAGGUGCCUCAGGCUUAGGCUCUGCUUUAGCAAAGUGCACUAAUCUCUCAAAUUUGAUACUUGCUCUUCGUUGCAAUUAAAUUGGUGAUGAAGGUAUGUCAGGCUUAGGUUCUGCUUUAGCAAAUUGCACUAAUCUAUAGAAUUUAACACUUUUACUUCAUGGCAAUUAAAUUGAUGAUGAAGGGGUAUUAGGCUUAGGUUCUGCUCUUGCAAAUUUUACUAAUCUCUCAAAUUUGGAGCUUGAGCUUAGCAGCAAUUAUUUUGGUGAUGUAGGUGCAUCAGGCUUAGGUACUUCUUUAGAAAAAUGCACUAAUCUCUCAAAUUUAACAUUUUAUCUAAGUGAAAAUUAAAUUGGUGCAAUUGGAGCAUCAGGCUUAGGUUCUAGUUUAGGCAAGUGCACAAAUCUCUCAAAUUUGACACUUUAUCUUAGUUAAAAUAAAAUUGGUGAUGAGGGCGCAUCAUCCUUAUGUCAUGAUUUAGGAAAUUGUACUAAUCUCUCAGAUUUGACACUCUAUCUUAUUAAAAAUUAAAUUGGUGAUGAAGGCACAUCAUGUUUAUGUAAUGAUUUAGGAAAGUGUACUAAUCUCUCAAAUUUGACGCUUUAACUUAAUGAAAAUGUUAUUGGAAAUAUUGGUGCAUUAGGAUUAGGUUCUGGUUUAGCAAAAUGUACUAGUCUCUCAAAAUUGGAACUUUUGCUCAGUUACAAUUAAAUAGGUGAUGAAGGUAUAUUAGGUUUAAGUUUUGCUUUAUCAAAGUGCAAUAAUCUUUCAAAUUUGGCACUUAAUCUUAGGAAAAAUUAAAUUGGUGAUGAAGGUAUAACAGGCUUAGGUUCUGCUUUAGAAAAUUACGCUAAUCUCUUAAGUUUGACACUUAAUCUUAAUGCCAAUUAGAUAGAUGAGGAAGGAGCAUAAGCCUUUGGUUCUGCUCUAGCAAAUUGCACUCAUCUUUCAAAUUUGAAAUUAGAUCUUUGUAUUUAAGGAAUCAGCAAAUUAAAAUCAUUGAAAGUAAAAAGCAAAUAUCUUAAAUCCAAAAGAUUAGUUGUUUUAAAAACAAAGUUCUUAUUGUGA